GAAAUUACGUCAUAAUUUUGAAUGAGGUUAUAAAUUAAACUAGUUGUUCACGAUUUACUGAAUUUAUAGUUUCGCUUUCUGAACAACUACUUCUUGCAGGUGUAGUACAUUAUUUGCAGGUGUAGAAUUUGUAAAAGUAAAUAUCCCCAAGUAAAUUUCACAUCAGAAUGAAUUCCUGGAUAUUUUUUAUUGGAAUUAGCAUGAUUUUUGCUACUGCAAAUUCAAUCCCUGGAGGUUGGAGGCAAAUUACAGAUUUAAAUUCACCUGAUGUCCAAAAGAAUGCACAGAAAGCUGCGAUAAUGCUUAGCAAAAGUAUGAAUACCCCAUUUUAUUUCAAGCCGUUGAACAUCACAAAAGCGGAAUCCCAGGUUGUAUCCGGAAUGAAUUAUAGAUUUGAAAUGUCUAUUGGACCAACACAAUGCAAGAAAUCACAAAAUGUUGCUGAACAAGAAGUUAAAAAUUGCCCACUGCAAAAAUGCAAAAGCCCUCUCUACUGCAGUAUCCAAAUGUAUGUACAACCAUGGACAAACACAAACAAGAUUACACAUUCUAACUGUGAAACGGGGAAAUCCUCUUGUUAAAAGUGUUUCUCUUGUUGUUUGCAAUCAUACCUAUAUUUAAGUUAAUUAAACAUGUAUUUGCUAAUAAAUUGGUGCAAGAUAUAUAUACCAGAAAUAACAGACAUGUAUUAAUGUUCUUUAGGUCUAUCUAUAGUUGAUUCUCAUAUGUGCUUAUUCAAGAUAUACCUCUAAUGCCUUUUAUAUCUAUUAUGAUUUGCAAUAUUAAUUUUUUAUGGAAGUCUUUUUGUUAAGAUGCAGAUUUACUCUAUUUCAUAAUCGGUAUUUUUUCAGUUAUAGCUUAUAAAUCUAUUUUUAAAUUAUAAUUGAGCUUGUUCUUAGGUGAGAUCUGUUUUUUUCUUUUAUGUAUUUUAUGAAAGAUUAGCCAUUUUUUUCAAGUUAUUUAUAAUUCUGAAAUAU